GCGGCGGCGGCGGCGGCGGCGUCAGCAACACCCAGGCGGUCGGAGCUUCAGGCUCCGGAGCAAGAUGGCGGCGCGAGUGCUGCUCGCCCGAGGAGGCCUGCUGCGGCCAGCCGCCCCCGGCAGCUUCCUGCCCGGGCUCCGGAGAGUAACAUCCUCAGGUCACAGAGCUCGGGAAGACAGCUGGCUAAAGUCCUUAUUUGUCAGAAAGGUUGAUCCAAGAAAAGACGCCCACUCUAACCUCCUAGCCAAGAAGGAGACAAGCAGUCUGUACAAGUUACAGUUUCACAACGUUAAGCCGGAAUGCCUGGAUGCAUACAACAAAAUUUGUCAAGAAGUGCUACCAAAGAUUCAUGAAGACAAGCACUACCCUUGUACCUUGGUGGGGACGUGGAACACGUGGUAUGGCGAGCAGGAUCAAGCUGUCCACCUCUGGAGGUAUGAAGGAGGCUAUCCAGCCCUCACGGAGGUUAUGAAUAAACUCAGAGAAAACCAGGAAUUUAUAAAUUUCCGUAAGGCCAGAAGUGACAUGCUUCUCUCACGGAAGAACCAGCUGCUGUUGGAGUUCAGUUUUUGGAACGAGCCAGUGCCAAGAUCAGGACCCAAUAUAUACGAACUCAGGUCCUACCAACUCCGACCGGGAACAAUGAUUGAAUGGGGCAAUUACUGGGCCCGUGCCAUUCGCUUCAGACAGGACAACCACGAGGCAGUCGGGGGCUUCUUCUCUCAGAUUGGGCAGCUCUAUAUGGUGCAUCAUCUUUGGGCUUAUAAAGACCUUCAGACCAGGGAAGACAUACGGAAUGCAGCCUGGCACAAGCACGGCUGGGAGGAGCUGGUGUACUAUACGGUCCCACUCAUUCAGGAAAUGGAGUCCAGGAUCAUGAUCCCGCUCAAGACCUCGCCCCUCCAGUGACCUUCCCUGUGCCUACGCAGGCUUCUGUGACGGAUAGAUGUCAUGACUUCAUUUCUGCCCCCCCC